AUGGGUGGUUCUUCCGAUUCAGACUCUCACGAUGGAUAUUUGACUUCGGAAUAUAAUUCCUCGAAUUCUCUUUUUUCGCUCAACACUGGUAACAGCUAUUCAAGUGCAUCCCUCGACAGAGCCACUUUGGAUUGCCAAGAUUCUGAUUUUUAUAGUAAUCACAAAAAUUCACUGCUAUCUGCAGAAGUUCCUAGGCUAAUUUCUAACGACGCGUUACAUCUCCCUAUCACACUAAAUUACAAAAGAGAAAAUGGACACGUUACGUAUACAAAUGGAAAAAUUAACAAGUUUAUGAUCGUCUUAAUCGGCUUACCAGCUACUGGAAAGUCUACCAUUUCUUCUCAUUUGAUUCAAUGUUUGAAAAAUAAUCCGUUAACUAACUCUUUACGUUGCAAAGUUUUUAAUGCCGGUAAGAUAAGAAGGCAAAUUAGUUGCGCCACAAUUUCAAAGCCCCUGCUUCUGUCAAACACAUCAUCGGAAGACUUGUUUAAUCCGAAAAAUAAUGAUAAAAAGGAAACAUACGCCAGAAUCACAUUACAAAAGCUAUUUCAUGAAAUUAACAACGAUGACUGUGAUGUUGGAAUCUUCGACGCCACAAAUUCUACCAUUGAAAGAAGGAAAUUUAUAUUCGAAGAGAUUUGUUCAUUCAAUACAGAUGAGCUUUCCACCUUUAAUUUAGUGCCCAUCAUCCUACAGGUAUCUUGUUUCAAUAAAGACUUUAUAAAAUACAACAUUCACAACAAAUCGUUUAACGAGGACUACUUAGAUAAACCAUAUGAACUAGCCAUCAAGGAUUUCGCGAAGAGAUUAAAACAUUACUAUUCUCAAUUCACACCUUUCUCGCAAGACGAGUUCAACCAAAUUCAUCGAUACAUCAGCCAACAUGAAGAAAUAGAUACGAGCUUAUUUUUUUUCAAUGUGAUAAAUGCUGGUAUUGUAGAACCAAAUUCUUUAAACCAGAGCCAUUACCCUUCAACCUGUGGCAAACAAAUCAGGGACACUGUUAUGGUUAUUGAAAAUUUCAUCAAUCACUAUUCUCAAAUGUUUGGCUUUGAAUAUAUAGAUGCUGUUAAAUUGUUUUUUGAAAAGUUUGAAAAUAGCUCCGACAAAACCAUGACUACGUUAGAUUCGGUGGUUAAUGAUGAAUUUUUCAAUGAUUUACAAAGCCUAAUUGAAAGUAAUGGACUUGCUUGA